AUGACACUCUUCACCAUUUAAACUUUGCAGUCAUCCAAUUCUUAUGGCUCCUUAUGAAACAUAGUCAGAAAGUGCUUACACAAAUAACUUAACAUUGUUUUCUAGGUAAACAAACGUAGAUGAGGCAGUUUCAAAAUGAAGUAAUACAUAAAAGUGAGGACAACUCAAAAAGUGAAGACUGAGAAACGAAAGCUAGAAUGCGGCAGGUGUAGAAUACGUACACAACACAGUCUUUAUGUUAGUUAAUACUCUGGGGGACGUCAGCUAAGUCCAACUCCAUCAUCCACCUACGCCUAGCUUUUAACCUCUUCUCAGUUCUCACACUCACUCACUCUCCGUCUCCGGACAAAUUCAAAUUCAAGUUCAAUGGCAACCACCUCCAAUUCACUCCUCUCGCUAACCCCUUCCCAGUCUCUCAACCGACCUACAACACUCUUCCACUCUCCACCCUCUGUUUCUCUCCCGAGAUCCCCUUUUCUCCUUUCCAAAUCCAACCUCGCCGUCUCUUGCUCUGUCAAUGGACCUGAUAGCACCGCUGAAGGCGUUACCAUUCCCAUUGAGAAGAGAUGCCCAGCGUUUCCUACGGUUAUGGAUAUUAAUCAAAUACGAGAAAUCUUGCCCCAUCGGUUUCCAUUUCUGUUAGUGGAUAGGGUGAUUGAAUAUAAUCCUGGCGUUUCAGUUGUUGCUAUUAAGAAUGUGACUAUCAAUGAUAAUUUCUUUCCUGGGCAUUUCCCCGAGAGGCCUAUUAUGCCUGGUGUUCUGAUGGUUGAGGCAAUGGCACAGGUUGGAGGCUUAGUUAUGUUGCAACUGGAAGUGGGAGGCUCUCGUGAGAAUUUCUUCUUUGCAGGAAUUGACAAAGUGAGGUUUCGAAAACCUGUGAUUGCAGGAGACACUUUGGUAAUGAGAAUGACACUUAUCAAGUUGCAGAAGAGGUUUGGUAUAGCCAAGAUGGAAGGAAAAGCAUAUGUUGGAGGUGAGGUAGUUUGUGAAGGUGAGUUUUUGAUGGCUACUGGAACUGGAAGCGAAUGAUGAGCUAAUUAUGUUAUCCUUGUAUUGGCUUUCGUUCCUUUAGCUUGCUCUUUCUUUAUGCGAGGAUUUUAUUUGGAGAUGAUGAAAUGAAAAAAUUACUAAUGUGAAGAGGGUGGAUUUUUGUGUUGAGUAGGCAUGAUGGAAUUAGUAAGUAUAAGAGAUAAGUACUGAAAUUCAAAAUAAAGACAUUUGUUGAAACUUACUGUUA